GGGUGACCUUAUUGUGUUUGGAAAAAGGGUUUGCAAAUUUUUCGCCUUCAGGUCGUUGCACACCUGGAUUCAGUACUGAGAGCUCAGAAUCUUGUACCUUGAGGCAGGUGAUGGUUUCGCCCCGGGUCUCCGAGGAGAGAUCCCCAGGGUCCCGGGGCGGACAGCGAGGCUCCUUGGGCGUGGGCCGCUUCGAUCGCCUGAGGCCCCCGACUUCAGCCGCGCGGCUCCGGGGCUUUAUCCUAGUUCCCGCGCCACCGCUAGGUUUCCCACGUGAACCACUCAGUGGCCCGAGGCCACCUCCCGCAGGCUGCCAGAGGUGCACAUCUGGCGGGGCCGGGGUUCGGGCCCGCCCCCGGGCCGCGGGGCCCACUCCCAGAGCCUUCCGCCCGCCCGCCCCGGCGCAGUGCAGCAGAGCGCGCGCCCGCUCGGGCUGGUCCGGCUCGUGCGCACGCGUGCAGGGACCCGCGCCCUCCUCGGGGAGGGCGGCAGAAGGGGAAUCACGGGGGGAGGGGAAGCAGGAGCAGGCGGCCGCGUCGCCUCCGGCGGGGCUCGCGCUCGCCCUAGCGCUCGCCCUCCGCCUCGCCCGAACCCCGCGAGGGUGAAACGCUUUCUCCCGGCAUGCAGCGGGAGGAGGGAUUUAACACCAAGAUGGCGGACGGCCCGGAUGAGUACGAUUCCGAAGCGGGCUGCGUGCCCCUUCUCCAUCCAGAGGAAAUCAAACCUCAAAGCCAUUAUAACCAUGGAUAUGGUGAACCUCUUGGACGGAAAACACAUAUUGAUGAUUACAGCACAUGGGAUAUUGUCAAGGCUACACAAUACGGAAUAUACGAACGCUGCCGAGAAUUGGUGGAAGCAGGCUACGAUGUACGGCAACCAGACAAAGAAAAUGUUACACUUCUCCAUUGGGCCGCCAUCAAUAAUAGAAUAGAUUUAGUCAAAUACUAUAUUUCGAAAGGUGCUAUUGUGGAUCAACUUGGAGGAGACCUAAAUUCAACUCCAUUGCACUGGGCCACAAGACAAGGCCAUCUAUCUAUGGUUGUGCAACUAAUGAAAUAUGGUGCAGAUCCUUCAUUAAUUGAUGGAGAAGGAUGUAGCUGUAUUCAUCUGGCUGCUCAGUUUGGACAUACCUCAAUUGUUGCUUAUCUCAUAGCAAAAGGACAGGAUGUAGAUAUGAUGGAUCAGAAUGGGAUGACUCCUUUAAUGUGGGCAGCAUAUAGAACACAUAGUGUGGAUCCAACUAGAUUGCUUUUAACAUUCAAUGUUUCAGUUAACCUUGGUGACAAGUAUCACAAAAAUACUGCUCUGCAUUGGGCAGUGCUAGCAGGGAAUACCACAGUCAUUAGUCUUCUUCUGGAAGCUGGAGCUAAUGUGGAUGCUCAGAAUAUCAAGGGUGAAUCUGCACUUGAUUUGGCAAAGCAAAGAAAAAAUGUAUGGAUGAUCAACCAUUUGCAGGAGGCAAGGCAAGCAAAAGGAUAUGACAAUCCAUCUUUCCUUAGAAAGCUAAAAGCUGAUAAGGAAUUUCGGCAGAAAGUCAUGCUAGGAACUCCUUUCCUAGUUAUUUGGCUGGUUGGAUUUAUAGCAAACUUAAAUAUUGAUUCUUGGCUCAUUAAAGGGCUAAUGUAUGGUGGUGUUUGGGCUACAGUACAGUUUCUUUCAAAAUCCUUUUUUGAUCACUCAAUGCAUAGUGCAUUGCCCCUGGGGAUAUAUUUGGCAACCAAAUUCUGGAUGUAUGUGACAUGGUUCUUCUGGUUUUGGAAUGAUCUCAACUUUUUAUUUAUCCAUCUUCCAUUCCUUGCCAAUAGUGUUGCACUUUUCUACAAUUUUGGAAAAUCAUGGAAAUCAGAUCCAGGGAUUAUAAAAGCUACAGAAGAACAAAAGAAAAAGACAAUAGUUGAACUUGCAGAGACGGGAAGCCUGGACCUCAGUAUAUUCUGCAGUACCUGUUUGAUACGAAAGCCUGUGAGGUCCAAACAUUGUGGUGUCUGUAACCGUUGUAUAGCGAAAUUUGAUCACCAUUGCCCAUGGGUUGGUAACUGUGUAGGUGCAGGCAACCAUAGAUACUUUAUGGGCUACCUAUUUUUCCUGCUUUUUAUGAUCUGCUGGAUGAUUUAUGGUUGUAUUUCUUACUGGGGACUCCACUGUGAGACCACUUACACCAAGGAUGGAUUUUGGACAUACAUUACUCAAAUUGCCACAUGUUCACCUUGGAUGUUUUGGAUGUUUUUGAACAGUGUUUUUCAUUUUAUGUGGGUGGCUGUGUUACUCAUGUGUCAGAUGUACCAGAUAUCAUGUUUAGGUAUUACUACAAAUGAAAGAAUGAAUGCCAGAAGAUAUAAGCACUUUAAAGUCACAACAACAUCUAUUGAAAGCCCAUUCAACCAUGGUUGUGUAAGGAAUGUUAUAGACUUCUUUGAAUUUCGAUGCUGUGGCCUCUUUCGUCCUGUUAUCGUGGACUGGACCAGGCAGUAUACAAUAGAAUAUGACCAAAUAUCAGGAUCUGGGUACCAGCUCGUGUAGCAGCAUCUUUAGCCUAUGAAGCAUAUUGCUGAGUGGUGCCUGAAAAUUGUGUCUGUCCGUGUCUCUCUCACACUCGAAUCCACAUCCUUUGAACAAUAGCAUGCUAUAGGUAGGGCUAACAGUGAAUUUUACAGCCUUUUUUUCAACACUUUUAUUAACAAAUGUAAACAUGGACAGAACACACUGCCACUUCUGGGAAGAAUACAAAUCAUAAAAAGACUUAAUGGUUCUCAAUGUGGGACUUCACAACAUACUCAAUGUUUUGCUUUUUUUCUCAAUAUUUUUCACAAGAAAAGAGUGAAGUUAUUCUGUUGACAGACAUGCUACACUGAUGAGAAGUGUUUAAUUCUAACUAAAACUAAAUUUUAUGAUGCAGUCUGCUAAUAGUAUUGCAUUUAAUUCCAGAUGAGUUGUCUUAAAUUGAUUCAGACUAGUAUUAUGUACAUUUUAGAAUGUACAUGUAAAUACUGUGAUGAAAAUCAUGUGGUUUUUAUUAGGGAUCUACUGUAAUGUAUCUUCAAGGCACAAGAAAAUAAUGUUCACAAAAAGUAUGCUAACAAUAUUUUAUUGCUAUCAGCUGUUGCACUGCUGAUCUAUUUCUAGUUCAGUGAAAUAAUUUGUAGUAACCUUGCUCUGAGGUUGUUUGGUCUGAUAAUAAAGCACUUGCAUGAGUAUAGUAAGUUAUGUUAUUUUGUUCAAACUUAAGAGCCCUACUAAGUGCAUGAUACAUGUCAUAGAAUGUAUACUAGCACAUAAUAUCCAGUAAAACAUAAAUUACAAUUUAAUUUGUUCAAACAGUUCAAUUUUAAGAGUUGAAACAGUAUUUUUUUAAGAGGCAGAGUAAGUUGAAGCAAAGUCUCAACAACAGAUAGAUAUACUUUUAAAAUUCUGAGCUGCAAAAUAAGUUGUAGACAAAAUAAUGGUGUUUAAAGGUGGAGCAUGAUCUCUGUACAUAGUACAUGUGAAUAAAAGAAAAGCUAAUGGUAUAUUUUGGGUUUUUAAAAUGACCUAUCAGAAAGAACUUAAUUCCUAAGAUUAUUUCAAAUUUUUCCAAUACUGAAUGUUUUUGGUAUUUGUUAAUGCUGUCUGGGACAAUUUCAGAAAGACUUUAUUGUUAAAUGUGAUGCACUGAUCAAUUUUUGUUGCAGCAUUUCUAUACUCCCAUGGUGAACUAUUAGUCACUACUUCCAUAAAUAUUGUUUACAGAGUGAGACUUCGUUUAGUCCUCUUAAGUGCUGUAGCAAACUGUGGUUCGAGCAACCUGUGGGAAAUGUGUGAGAGGGAAUGGACUUUGGAGGGUGGGGAAAGGGUGGACUGAUGACAGAUCCUAGACCAGUGUAAAGAUUGUGUAUCUGUAUAUAAAUAAUUUAUCAAAUAGUUUUUUGUGUCUGUAUGUUAGUGUAUUUAAAGCUGCUCAUUUCAUUGUAUCCAACCAAAAAGAAAAGGGAGAUAACUAAUGAGCUUCUAGUGAUGUUCAAUAUUGCUGUUUAUAGGCAUUAUAUCCUGCAAGUUCACUGCAUGUCUGAUGCUUGGUAAAAUUAGUAUUCCCUGUAAAGUGCAGACUACAGAUAUUAAGCAAUCUAGUGGAAUACAGCCCCUUGCCUUAGUAAGAGGAGCAGUGAAAAUGUAUAUAGUUGAUGUUCAGUAUUUCCAAGUACCAUUUUUAUAUAGUAGGUUCCUUGACCAUAAGUCACAUAUCAAAAAAAGAUUAUCCUUAGUGUAUGUGAGUGUUUUAAUAUUAGAAAAUUGGCAUAUGUACUUUAUUUUUGAAAGGGAAGAGAUGGGUGUGGGGUGGCAUUAGCAUUGUGCCAUUUUGUCAUAGACUGUAAAAAAUUGGUUACCUUUACAAAUGUCUGAUAGUUUUGACUACUAAUUGGGGGAAAUUUUAGAUAAUUUUUAAAUUCAAGUUAUUUAUAAAAGGCUAGAAUUUGUUUUAAUUUUUUGUACUUUGAGCCACUUCACAUGAAGACUCAGUUGCAAUUUUUAUCGAAUACAUUUUUAUUAACAGUUGAACAUAAUUGGUGGUUUUCUCACAGUUUGGAUAAGAAUGCUGUACCAUGUCCUUUGUGGUACAGUAUUCUUUUCAAAGCAAGUGAGAUAUCUUUCAGUUAAAUAGAAAAAAAACAACUCUAGACGUUACAUGGGAAACAUUAGCAAUGUGACUGCUUCAUUACUAAAUUCUCUCUCAGCACCAGAGUCUAUAACCCAACCGUGGUCAGUGGCCAGGAGCCAGCUGUGCAGCAGUGUCCUGUCCGUGUGAUUAUUAUACAGGUUUUGUAUGGAAUCAACUUAAUAACUCAGUUCUAAGUUGUGCAUAAAGGCGACCCUUUUGGAGAAUAGUUUCUAUCAGCUUAAUUGGAUACAUUUAGCAAAAUUGGAACUUCUCAGCUCUGAACAUGAAUUAAUUCUUUGGAUUUUUUUUCCCCUUCAUAUCUUGGUUGUUCCCAGGAAUUUAUUUGAAAAAUUAGUAUGUGUAAAACAGCACCAUUAUUCUUAAGCUAUGGAUAUUUUUAUUUUAUAUUUUAUUUAUAACUGUGCCAAGUAUUAUUUUGCUACUUACCGUGUUACUCUGUGGAAAGAAAAACCUGUAAAGUGUUUAAUAAAUUAGCUCUCCUUACA